GUAAUGCAGUAUAUGGGCUUAUUUUUUUAUGGGUGUGGAAUUGUGGACAGGUCAGCAGAAGACCACUCGGCUAGUUAAUGUUUUCGUGGGGAAAGGCAACGAAGGCAAGUCAGCAGUUUUGCAGCAGACGCUACUUUAUUCAGAUUGCGCAUUAUAGCAUAACGUAUGAUUUACAACAGGAGUCUGGCGUUACAUGAUGCAACAUUAGGUCAAAAAAGGUCCAGUGAUGGCGUCUGAAUCAGGCCGUAACGUUCUGCGUCUGCUGCGCUGUGCCAUUCUGGUAGUAGCUGUCCUGCUAACAGGUUCUAUGUACUACACCCCUUCACUUCGCUGCCUGACCCAGCAACUUGAACCUGUCCACCAAGAACCCCUCCAUGUUCUAGUGCUAGUCUGGCUCUGGCCUUUUAACACCACCUUUAAGCUUGACCUCUGUAAAUCCCAGUUCAACGUAGAGGGCUGCCUGCUAACAGCAGAUCGGACACUGUACGGUAAAGCUGACGCCGUCCUCAUCCACCACAGGGACAUCGUUUGGGAUUUGUCCAAUUUACCUAAAUCUCCUCGGCCACCUCACCAGAAGUGGAUCUGGAUGAAUUCUGAGUCGCCGUCCAACACGGACCGAAUCCCUGGCCUAGAUGGGCUGUUUAACGUUUCGCUGAGUUACCGUAAGGAUGCAGACAUUAGCCUGCCUUACGGGUGGGUGGUUCCACUCGAGAAAGAGCUGAAGCAUUUUGUGCCUCCAGAAAAAAACAAAAUAGUGUGCUGGAUAGUUAGUAACUACAAGCUGGAGCACAGAAGAGUGUAUUACUUCAGAGAGCUGCAGAAGUACAUCCGCAUUCACGUCUAUGGCGACUACUUUGAGAGACACCUCUCUGUGGAAGAAUACAAAGAGAUCAUCGCAAGCUGUGAAUUUUACCUCUCCUUUGAGAACUCCGUGCAUAAGGACUAUAUCACUGAAAAACUGUUUAACGCUUUGGCUCUGGGGGCCGUGCCGAUAGUUUUUGGCCCUUCCAGGCAGAACUACGAGCGCCUUGUGCCCAGCGAUGCUUUCAUCCAUGUGGAAGACUUUCCCUCUGUGAGAGCUUUGGCUAAAUACCUUUACCUACUGCAUGAAAACGAAGCACUGUAUCUCAGGUACUUCAGAUGGAGGAGACACUUUGAAGCAAAGACCUCUUCCUUUCCUGUGGAACAUGCUUGCCACACUUGCAAGUACAUUCGACAAAAUAAGGAGUACCAGGUGCUGAGAGAUCUGUAUCAGUGGUACUGGGAUGGUAGUAAAGGAAAAGACAUGCCUCUUUUCUUUUAUUAGCAGUCUUGUACAAGCACUCAACAGCAGAAGACUUUUUAUAUGGAGGCCCUUUACCACCAGGUAGAGCAGACAAAAUCACCUCAGUGAUGGAGUGUUGAGGGCACCACAUACAACACCCCACCCCCCCCCCCCCCCCCCAUUCCUUCUGUUCCUGGCACCAGUCUGACAAAUAUUGACGCAUCAAAUCAAUAUUUUGAGAAAAUAAGACUUAAUAAUGCUAUGUCAAAAUAAUGACUUAUCUUGUAAUAAUGACUUAUUCUCCAGAGAUAAUUUACUUUCUUGAAAACGAAUCUCAUUACUUUGCCAUGAAGUUCCAACACUCAAAUCAGUUAUUAUUUUGGAGCAGUAAAUCAGUAUUUCAAGAAAAUGAUUGGAAUUAUUUCAACAUAAUGGACAAAUGUCAUUAUUUUCAGAUGCUGAAUCAAUUUUGAGAAAUGGAUGAGGGGGGGGGUUAUUUUUCCCAUCUUUCUAUGUAGCAGGAAUAGACUUCCAAACAAUUGUAGCAUAUGAAUGUACAGUUGUGUGCAAAAGUUUAGGCACCCUGGUCAAAUUGCCUUUUUUUUCCCCUGUGAAAAAUGAGAACACGUUCUUUACAGGGAACACAUUUCUGCACGUUUUAAUGCACAAAUAUUUGUGAAGAAUUGAACAUUUUAGUGGGGGGAGAGAUGCAUGACUCCAGCCAUCAUGAAUCGCUUAGAAACUGGCAUGAUCUGAUUGGCUGGCUGUUUGAGUGUGUUCUCUUCCCCACAUGCAUUUAUAUUUAUUUAUUACUUCGAGACUCUGUUUAUACGUCUGUCGGCUAAUCGGUGCAAGCCAACUUGUUCUGCCAGGUGUGCGGGUGCUGCAUCAGGCCUUAGCCUGAAGACGGAUUAAGGUUGAAUGUUUAUUUUCAACAAGAAGUUGGUGAGAACACAUUUUGUUCCUGCUGUAUUUAAUGUGUGGGACGGCCAAUUCAAACGAGCAGACUUCGGUUUGCAGAUGGCCACAAUGAGAGAAAAUGAGCCAAAAAUAAAUAAAUGCAAGACAAUGAUUUAAGGAAACCUACUUCAACUUUGAAAUGAUCAUGGUGUGUCUGAGAAGUCGUCUACAGGCUCAAUUCUGCUACAGGCUUUUGGAGCCUUUUUUCCCCCAUUUGACCAGAGUUAUCUUAAACACCAACACUCAUGGGCACAGGCAUUGUUACGAAGGAAAAAAACUGAAAUAAAUAAACUGGCAGCCAUCAGAA